UGUAGCUGGUUUAGCUUAGUUAGAAGAAUGUCUGGAAUGAUGGUAUUGAAUGCUGAACUAAAGUCUACAAAAAGGACCCUUGCAUAGGUCUUUGGAGACUCAAGAUGUUGUAGGAUGUAGUGCAGAGCCAUAUUAACAGCAUCAUCUGUUGAUCUAUUUGCUCGGUAUGCAAAUUGCAAGGGGUCUAACAGCGGAUCCGUGAUGGUUUUCAAGUAGGAAAACACUAGCCUUUCAAAGCUUUUCAUGACUACAGAUGUUAAAGCAACUGGUCUGUAGUCAUUCAGUUCCUUGAUGGUGGGCUUUUUCGGCACUGGGAUGAUUGUAGAGCGUUUGAAGCAAGAAGGAACAUAGCACAUCUCUAGUGAUUUAUUGAAAGUAGGGGUGAAGAUGGGGGCCAAUUGGUCAGCACAGACUUUUAAGCAAGAAGGAGUUAUCUUGUCUGGGCCUGGAGCUAAGGGAAGUAGUUGCUCUUUAUGAUGGAAUUGCCAUCGUAAGUCAAGGAGCACUUGUUUGGAAGCCUUUGACUAAGACAGGGUGAACCAUGGAAGUUAAAAUGGGCACAUUUGUGGAUGACCGUACGGGAGAAAGAUUGUAACUUGGAAUGUAUAGAAUAAUGUUUAUAAUAUUGAGCAUGAAUUAAUGAAGACAAGGAAAGAAAGAAAAAAUAUCUGCUCUUGAAUUUCCUCACCUGCCUAUCUCUGUGUCCUUUCGAUGGCCUGCAUCGGGGUGAAAUCCAACAAGUUCUGACAGGUUCUAGAGAACCGAUAGUGGAAAUUUUGAGCAGUUCGGAGAACCAGUAGCGGAAAUUUUGAGCAAUUCAGGGAACCGGUAGUGCAAAUUUUGAGUAGUUCGGAGAACCAGUAGUGGAAAUUUUGAGCAGUUUGGAGAACCAGUAGUGGAAAUUUUGAGUAAUUCAGGGAACCGGUAGCGCAAAUUUUGAGUAGUUUGGAGAACCAGUAGUGGAAAUUUUGAGCAGUUUGGAGAACCAGUAGCGGAAAUUUUGAGUAGUUCGGAGACCCAGCAAAUACCACCUCUGGCUGGCCCCAGAGUGGGGUGGAAAUGGAGAUUUUGCAAUAUCCUUCCCUCAGGAGUAGGGAGGGAAUGGGGAUUUUGCAGUAUCCUUCCCCUGCCACGCCCCCAAGCCACACCAUGCCCACAAAGCCACGCCCACAGAACCAGUAGGAAAAAAAAUUUGGAUUUCACCACUGGCUUGCAUACCUGCUGCCACCAGGGUUUUUUUCACGAAAAAUAUUUGUGAUAAUACCUAAUGGAUUUAAUAUUGUUAUUUUUACAAGAUUCAAUAAAGAAAAAUACUCAGUGAAUGCUUCAAUUUUCAUUUUUAAUACAGUAAAUGUUGAUAAAAGCUCUUUUAAGAGUCCUCUAUAAUUUUUAAAAGUGGGAAGUCCUGAGAGCAAAAUGUUUAAGAAAUACUGAUUUAGAAAAAGUAGGUUAAAGCAAAGAAGCUUGAAUUUGAUUGCUGGGUGUGGUAAGUGUUUAUAUGACGGAAGUGAAGGGUAUUUGAAAGUGAAGGAAACACUUAGCAAAUGGUUUGAUCCCAAGCAGGCAAGAAAAGAAGGAUGUAUGAUGUUCCCAUUUAAUAUAUUUAUCAGUUGAAGUUUAAGGAAUCCUUAUGGUGUUAGAACUGUGUUGAUUGGAAAGAUGAAUAUGCAUGAACUUUGCUAUGCAAAUGAAGCCACGUUGUUGACUGAGAACCUGAACCAUUUACAGCUCAUCUGAGAUAGGCUGAGUGUUGCAUGAGAAGUGCAGAUUUGAAAAUUAAUGGAAAGAUACUUGCACUUGACGACAAAAAUGGAGUGAGAUUGCAAGGUGUACACAGAUGGUGAACAACAGAGCAAAACGAAGAUCCGUGAGAGAGGGUACAAGAGGAGUCAUCCCUUCACCUGACAGUAGAACAGAAAUCGAUUCAGCUUCGACAGCCGCUGCUCAACCUGAUCCAGAAGUGAUCAUUGUGGGGGCAGGUGUACUUGGCUCUGCUCUGGCCACGGUGCUGGCCCGGGAUGGGAGGAAAGUGACGGUCAUUGAGCGGGAUUUGAAGGAACCUGAUAGGAUUGUUGGAGAACUCUUACAGCCAGGAGGUUAUAACACUCUAAAAGAACUGGGCCUUCAAGAUGCUGUGGAAGAUAUAGAUGCUCAUAUAAUAAAUGGCUACAUCGUUCAUAACCUUGAAAACAAAGCACAGGUUGAGAUCCCUUACCCUUGCACAGCAGCCGGGCAAGUGCAGCACGGGAAAGCGUUUCAUCAUGGACGCUUCAUCAUGGGUCUCCGAAGGGCAGCCAUGUCAGAACCCAAUGCAAAAUUUAUUGAGGGGACAGUGGUACAAUUGCUUGAAGAAGAGGAAUGUGUAGCUGGAAUCGUAUACAAAGAUAAAGAAACUGGUGAUACAAAGGAACUCCACGCACCCUUAACGGUGGUUGCUGAUGGUCUGUUUUCCAAGUUUCGAAAAAAUCUCAUCUCCAGCAAAGUGAAAGUCCCCUCUCAUUUUGUAGGAUGCAUUUUGAAGAAUUCUCCUGAAUAUAAAGCCAAUUACGCAGAGUUGAUUUUAGCAAAUCCUUGCCCAGUGCUUAUCUACCAGAUUUCUUCCAAUGAAACUCGAGUUCUUGUUGACAUUCGAGGUGAAAUGCCAAAAAAUCUUAAGGAAUACAUGGUUGAAAAGAUUUAUCCACAGCUACCAGAACACAUUCAAGAGCCUUUCCUAAUAACCGUACAGAACGAACGUUUGAGAGUCAUGCCUGCGAGCUUUCUACCGCCUUGUCCCGUCAAUAAAACAGGAGUCGUCCUCCUAGGAGACGCUUACAAUAUGAGGCAUCCUCUGACAGGUGGAGGGAUGAGCGUUGCUCUCAAUGACAUCAAGAUCUGGAGAUGUUUGCUACAGACCAUUCCGGACUUGUAUGAAGACUCUGCUCUAUUGCAAGCCAAAAAGACCUUCUACUGGACAAGAAAGAAGUCUCAUUCCUUUGUUGUGAAUGUUCUUGCUCAGGCGCUCUAUGAAUUAUUCGCUGCAACAGAUGAUUCUCUGCAGAAGUUAAGGAGAGCCUGCUUUCUCUAUUUCAAGCUUGGGGGCAAAUGUGUUUCCGGUCCAGUUGGUUUACUUUCCAUUUUGUCUCCGAAGCCCAUCGUCCUCAUCGGCCACUUCUUCGCCGUUGCCUUCUACGCCACUUACUAUUGUUUCAAAUCUGAACCUUGGAUCACCAAACCUCGGGCCAUUAUCAGCAGCCUCGCGGUGAUGUACCGAGCUUGCUGUGUCAUAUUCCCACUUAUAUAUUCUGAAAUGAAAUACCUCAUCUACUGAAUACAGAAGGGCAAAGAAACGGGGAAGAAGAACCGCUUGGAUUUCUUCGUGUCUUCCGGACAUGUCCUGUCUCUUUUAAGUCGAAAAGGCAACAGAAGCAACAAAACUCUCGGCCUGAGAUCUCGCAUUGGCGUUUUGAGGUUUAUAAGCACAUGGGUAAUCUUGUCAAACAAGGGCAUGUAAAAAAAAAAAACCAAAACCAAACCCACCAUUCUAAUCCAAGGGAGCGAGAGGGGGAUGGGGGUCAUAACAGUUACUUCUGAGAGUAAGUGUCUAGCAUACUAGAGGAGGGGGUGUUGCCAGACUGCCAAGUUCUUCCCUUUCCUUGCCCUCUCUGACAUUUGAGGCCAGGAUUUAUAAAAAAAAAAAAUAAUGACGUUUCUAGAGCUAUUGGUCUGAACUAUGAGUGUAUGCUCAGAGAUCACAGCUUAGAAACUCCCCAGACUCUGUUCAUGCUUUUUUUUCUAGUCCUACACAAUUGGCUUUAUUUCCUUUCUUCCUGACCAGCUGCUCUUCUUCUAUUUCCUUCUUUUUGUGUGUGUGUGUGUGUGGGGGGGGAGAAAUGGGAGUUUGUUCAUCCCCUUAAUAGGACUUACCAACAAUGGGAAUUAUAGUUAUCCUGCCAGGAGGGGACAAAUAAAAAAUGGAUGAUUUUGCUUAUGUUGGCACAGUAAACCUGUUCUUAGACCACAGGUAAAAACUGGCUUAUUUAAAUGACCUUCCAAAUUCACUUUGCAGAGAGAAACCUGGAAAAGUAUUCUCCCUGAUCUGUUUGGUGUUUUUUUUUUUU